ACGCGGCCGCGCGGCUGGCGUAUAAAAGCGCGGGCUGGGAUCUGGAGCACGGCGAGGACAAGCUAACAGCUAGCAGCUAAUCGCAGCCAAAGCUAACGGCUAACUCACUUUAGAGAAGUCAUGACUCAGCCAGCCGCGUGCACACACUGACACGCGCACGGAGGGCUCGGCGGCGCCUCGUUUACACGCGCACAACGGGUUUCUGCGCGUGUUUAGGUAGUUGUUGAUCUUUAGGGGUGUGUGUGUGUGUGUGUGUGCGUGUGUGCGUGUGCGUGCGCGCGCGCGUGUGCGUGUGUGCUACUUCCUGCAAGUUAGCCGGACGUGGCUAGCUGGAGAAGCUAACUGUUUACCAGUUGUGUGUCUGAGGUGCGUUCGAGUUAUUCAUGAGGGCGCUCCGUGAUUGGCGGAGUCAGCGGCAGAGGCGGGGCUAGAGAGGGUCUGUGGGUGUGGGGGGGUCAGACACACACACCAACAGGUCUAUUUAUGUCCCAGACACCCUGAGAGAGGAAGACCUGCACUGUUCUGCACACAGAGUUUGAAGAUGAUCAGGAUGUCGUUGGACAAAGAGGCAGUUAGCCCCGCCUUCCCGGCCUCCGUCAGCCUAUCGGAGCAGACCAAGGCCCGCCCCCUGCGUCAGAAGAACGGCCUUCCGUUGCCCGGCAACAGCCAGGCGGCUCCGGCCACUCAGCGAAUCGCGAAGCGGCGAUACUCCACGGGCGCCGGCUUGACGGGGGCGGCCAAGCGCCGUCGCCGUGCCAACAGCGACAGCCAAUCGGAGCCCGUGCUGCCGAGUCACUUCCUAUUGGGCGGGAACAUCUUCGACCCGCUGAACCUCAACUCCCUAUUGGACGAAGACGUCAACAGGGCGACCAAUCAGGAGACUCCGAAGUGCUCGCCCCUGCCGGCGCGGGGCGGAGACCCCGUGGAGAUCCUGGUACCCCGUGACAUCACCGACCCCCUGAACCUGAAGGGUGGGGGGCGGGACGGAGAGGGCGGGGCCAAGGUCCUGCUGUCCCCCCUGAAGUCCAGACGAAGACACAGAAACAGACACCACGGGGGGGGCGGGGGGGCGGAGAAGGGGGCGGAGCCAGCCAGACUGUUUCCUGCCACAGCCCCACCCACAGUCCCAGCGUUGGCCACAGAGGGCGCCGUCUCUCCUCUGCCCUGUGAACUCAACACGGCCAUCACCUGUCGGGACGACGUGGCCCCGCCCCCCAUCCUCCCGCGGAGACACACCCACCCUCCGUUGGGCGCCGCCCACAGGCCCGGUAACCAGGGCGACGGCCGCCAGCGCAGACGGCGGCGCACCACCUCGAUGAGGGCGGCGGACUGCGCCGGCGUCGCCACGGCAACCAGGGUUCAGCCAACUAAGUUUGAGACGCCGCUGGUGGGCGGGGCUAAAGCCGGAAGGUGUGGAGGCCCGGCCGUGCGGCCGCCGGAGAAGAAGAAGAAGGACAAACUGCGCUUCCAGUUCGGCAACCACAGCGGUUACUACGGCUACCAGGGUUCCUACGGCGACGCGUGGGAGGGGCGGGUGGGCGCGGCCGAGGACCCGCGGCUCCGCCUCCUGGAAGCUGAUUGGUUCAGAGACCGCACGGUGCUGGACGUGGGCUGUGGCGCCGGACACCUGGCGCUCGCCGUGGCCCGCCGGUUCAACCCCGCCCACAUCCUAGGGGUGGAACUGGACCCCCGGCUGGCUCACGCAGCCACGCAGAACAUCAGACACUUCCUGUCACAUGACCUGGCCACGCAGAACAUCAAGCACUUCCUGUCACAUGACCUGCCCACGCAGAACAUCAGGCACUUCCUGUCACAUGACCAGGCCACGGAGGAGAGGAAACAGAUAGACCCCGCCCCCUCACCACUGAGAGGCUCUUCCCCCUCACAGCCAGAAGUUCCCGCCCCCUCACAGCCAGGAGGCCCCGCCCCCUCACAGCCAGGAGGCCCCACCCCCUCACAGCCAGGAGGCCCCGCCCCCUCACAGCCAGGAGGCCCCGCCCCCUCACAGCCAGGAGGCCCCACCCCCUCACAGCCAGGAGGCCCCGCCCCCUCACAGCCAGGAGGCCCCGCCCCCUCACAGCCAGGAGGCCCCACCCCCUCACAGCCAGGAGAGAUGGAGGAACAAGAGACGCAGGCCCUGGCCCCCCCCCUCCCCCUGUCCUUCAGGGUGAGUCGGGGUCCUCUGGCUGCCCCCCCCCUCUUCCUCCCUCUGACAUCAUCUUCAUCAUCGUCCUCCAGGUUUCCUUCCAACGUCACCUUCAUCCAGGGCGACUACGUGUCGGAGGCGUGGCCUGGCCGCGGCCAGUAUGAUGUCAUCAUGUGUCUGAGCGUCACCAAGUGGGUGCAGCUGCAGUCGGGGGACGGGGGCGUGGCCAGACUGUUCAGACGAGCCUAUCAGAGCCUGGCGCCGGGCGGACUCUUCAUCCUGGAGCCCCAGCCCUGGAGCAGCUACGCACACAGCAAGAGGAUCUCGGAGUGGACGUAUCGUAACUUCCGGGCGGUGAGACUGAGACCGGAACAGUUUACAUCAUACCUGACGGACAGUGUUGGUUUCUCUUCAUACAGACUCCUCACACACACAGGUAACCAGCGACCGAUGUACCUGUUCCACAAAGGCCCCGCCCCCAGGAAGUGAUGUCACUUGGACAGGACCGACGGAGGAAGCUGAUUGGUCGUUGCAUAUUCUGUAUAUAUUAUGACUGGGAGCUCGCAGCUGAUUGGCUGAACAUUGGAGACAGUUGGAUGACAUUACAGAGGAGAAUAAACUCUGAUUGGCUCAUAGACACUGGCUCACAGAGCUGGAGCAAAGGAUUGUGGGAGAUUUUCCUCCCCCCGUGUGAACACUAACAGGAAGUGACACGUCUGCAGGUCGCUCCUUUCAAAAGUUUUUGUUGUUUCAGUUUUUUGUCUAAAGAAAUAAAGAGAAAUGAUCCAAAA